GCUAUGACAUUCGGAUACAUAUUUCGUGUGGCAAUUUGCCGCGAUAACAGGGUUUUCCAGUUUAACUGUCUUUCUAUAUGUAAGCUUGAAAAUACUGAAAUAUGGCAACUCCAGAUGGCAGACGAGUGAACAGACCUUAUAGAAAAGCAUCAGAAUAUCUAGCAACCAAGCAAUCACCGUAUAAUGGGCCCAAGACAAUCGUAGCUCUGGAAGCAGAAAACUUGGAACUUCGUGAAAAAUUAACAACCUCUGUCCGAAGACUGGAAACGAUGGAAGUGGAAUUCGAACAAAGUCGCGAAUAUUUUGCGACUCAACUUGAUGUGGUUCAGGAUAAACUGAACAGAACAACACAAGCCUUGAAAUUAAUGCAGCAGAGUUACUCUGAACUCCAGUCCAUCAACUAUGAAUUGGAACAAAGAGUUCUGAAGGUCAAUCAUCUUGAAGAUGAAAAGUCACAACUGACGACAGACGUUCAUGAAUUGACGAACAGAUUAACAGAAACUCGGAGUGCUUUGCAGAGAACUCAGAAAGAAAAUGAGCGUCUUCGCAAAGAUUGCAAUCUUGCCGUUUCAUUGCUGGAAUGUAACGCUGGGAAUUUCAAACAACAAAAAGCUGAGCAGCUUCCAAGAGAACUUCAAAAUCAUGUGGAAGAAUAUCAGAUGGAUCUUACUCAGUAUAAUGAAUAUAUUAACCCAUAUGCUGACGAUAGUGACAGUGAGACUGAAAAUGAACAGAGAUACUACCAUGCCCAGCCUUCGACAGUACCGACCGAACUUCUUGCAAAUGUUUUGAAAAAGCCGGAGAAUGUUCAUCUGAAUUUACAAGAUACGGAUUUCAUCAAAGAUCCGCACCUCAACUCGGUAUACAAAGGUCAAAUUGCGGAGAAACGAUUAGUGAAGUAUGAUUAUCAAGAAUCGCCAAGUCAUCAUCAAAAUAUGCCCAAUCAUGAAAGCUCAAUGAAGCGUAACGAACCCCAAUUCAAACUCAUGCCGAGAAGUUCAAACGGAGCUCAAAGUUCAUCGCCAUGGGAACUUGCGACAACAUCAACAACUAGCACAGUGGCGACAUCAAGUGGUAGCAGUUCUCCAUGGGAAAUGUCAUCUAACCCACCAGCUCGGAAUGAUUAUGACGCAGACGAUUACAGUGCGGCUUCUGCGUAUGGCGCUUAUCCCGUAUCAUACAGAAAAAGCAAUCAACGACAGCGCUCGAAUUUGCCAAAAAAAUCCCCCCUCCCCAAUGAUAAAAAAUCUUCGUAUACCAAAACUAAAAUGUCAAGUUCAUAUAACGCUGCUACUGCAGUAAGAAAGCAGUCACAAAAAGGAACAGGCGAGAAUAAAGACGUUUAUAUAUCGGAUAUGUAUAAACAGCUAGAUGGCGACAAAGAAGAUAUUCGUUCCACCCCUAGUUCGGGUCGGAGCUCACAGAAAUCAACGCCAGCGCAUGAAAAGGGUUCAUCAGCGGAAAAGUCGUCACUAUUAGAUGAGGGCGAUAGUGAGGAUGAUUUGGUGUUGACGGUUGAAAUCGGGGGGGAGAGGGCUCCGAAAGUUGGCAUGGGGAAAUCCCCUAAACAUGGCAUUGGGGAAGAGAGGGGUUUACUCAAUGAUUCUGAUCCAGAACCAGAUGUGAGAGAAUUAGAUUACGAAGAAGAAGAAAAAAGCAAAGUGAGAGAAUCUGAUGAGGAAAAUAUGAGAGAACCAGAUGUGAGAGAAUCAGUGGAGCAUGAAGAAAUUGACCUUUUGAAUCUCGAUGAAAACACUCAAGUUUUAAGUUCAACGGAAAACUCCCCCCUACAUCAGAUUAUGAUGCAACAAUCAAUUCUGUCAUCUGCCCUCCUCCCUGAUCUACCACCCCCUAGUGACCAACAAUAUGAUGGGGAAUUACUCCUUGUAGGUGAAGCCCCGCCCCCACCCGAUAUGUUUGGUGGUGCUCCUACCUCAAAUCUUGGUGUACAGUAUGAUGUUACAAUUCCCACCCAAUCAAUUCUUCAAAACCCUUUGUCUGAUCCCAAGGAACUAAACUCUGUGAUGUCACAAUCAUUUCCAAUGAUCUCACAAUCAACAACAGUGAUGUCACAAUCCUCAACAAUGCCAUGUACUCGUAGUUCAAAUUCACUAGACGACUUGAAAUCUUACGUACAAAAAGAAUUUAAUGAAGCUACAAGUUCAACCCCCACUUCGCCAAAAGAUGCUUUAGUGACACCUAGUGUUCAAGAUGACCUUUUCUUGUCCAGUGGAUCGAGUGUUCCUGAUGAACUCUCUGGUGCAACUAGUGGUACAGUUGACAUUCCUGCAGGAAUCCUACAAGUUGAAAGUUCAGGGAAUUCUGAAAUUCAGCUUUCAGUUCCUGAUGAGGAAUCUGAAAGUGAGGAAAUUGCUGAAAAGGAUGAACCACUGAAUGAAGAACCGGGCAGUACUGGAAAGAAUGAAAUGGAUGAGAUUAGUGAAAAGGAAGGACAAGACUCCGAUGAAAACGAGAAUCAAGUAACUUUUGAAAUGCAUGAAAAUGUGGAAUUGAUGAAUAAACCAGAAAAUUUUACUGAAAAGGAAGAAACUGGGAAUAGCGCGGAAACAUUCGAAGCCCAUGGACAGUCUCUUGAUUGUGAAGUCACAAUAACAACUGCACAACAAGAAAAUCUUCGUUCAUCGAGUGCAGAUGAGUUGCUACAUGAACCACUGGAGGUGCUAGAGUUACAGGAGGAACCACGGGGUGGGGGUGCAAGCAAUCGCCGACGAAGAAAUAGCUUCGAUCAGGCAAGAGAAUUUGGUAACGUCAUGGAUGUCUAAUCAAUUACUGUUUAAUCGUCAGGGGUCAUUAGACACGCAUCACUGAGUUUAAUUCUGCAUUCAACUUCGUUUCUCACGUCAUAUAAACACUGCCCUUCAUUCUAGAGUUGUGAUUUCCGAGGAAAUUGAUCGCAACGGAGUCGCUCGUAAAUAACGGAGACUCAUCUAAGGGGAGUUAAAAGUGAGCACAGUAGCACCAAUAGCUUCUGAAACAAUAUAGGAUUAUGAUAGUGCACUCGCUCAAAAGUAAAUAAACCUAUCUCUGAUUGAAGUAACAGGCAGCCAUGUUAGGGUUUUAGUUAACUCUUUAGAACCUGCCUUAGCUUUCUCGUUCAUUUGCUCUUUUUUUGUUCAAUCAACUAGCUCCGGUUCUUUUUCAAUUUUACGUGCAUUCCUGAAUGUUGCAGGAGUCACCCACCUUCUUAAAAUUUUCAAGUCCCUCACCCCCAAUUUUGAAUUGUAAAACCACACUCCAAUUCCUAUGAAAUGUAAUUUAUCUAAAUAGUGGCGCAUUUACCAGUGCAAAUAGUCAGUAAAAUACAUAACACGU